AUGGAAGAGGAGAAGGGAUUACGAUCCCUGAGGUCAGACGACAGUAUCGUUGUUGUAUCUGCUGACAAAGGUGGUGCUACUGUCAUUAUGGACAAGACUGACUAUGUCAAUAAGGCCAACCAGGCCUUUAAUGACAGAGAGGCCUAUACCCCAAUUGCUGAGGAUCCGACGAAAAAGCAGGCCGCAUCUAUAAAGAAGAAGGUGAACGAGCUCACUCGUAAAAAGCUCAUAAACCCCGCGGACUCCAAAUUUCUGACUCCCAACGACACCCGUAUCGCACGUGCUUAUGGCCUCCCAAAGGUGCACAAAGCAGGUGCCCCGUUGAGGAACAUAGUACCGCUCAUUGGAUCGCCAACAUAUAACCUUGCCAAGUGGCUGUACAAGCACCUAAAGCACCUCACGAAUGGAUGGCAGUACAGCAUCAACAACUCUCAUGCUUUCCUUCAGAGGAUCCAAGGACUUAAUGUAAGCCCUGAUGAAUGCAUUUUAUCGUUUGAUGUAGUUGCUCUAUUUUCCUCAAUACCGCAUAACUUGGCCAUUGAGAGCGUAGCUCGACGCCUAGAGGAAACUCCGAUUGGCAUUCCAACAGAGCACGUUUUAGACAUGCUUGGGCUUUGUCUUAAGAACUAUUGUCAAUUCGAUGGCAAGUAUUACCAGCAGGUAAAGGGCACCCCCAUGGGUUCACCGAUAUCCGGCCUACUCGCCGAACUAGUCUUACAAAGACUAGAAGAAGUUGUUAUUCAAGCCAUCAGACCAAAAAUGUGGCUCCGCUACGUAGAUGAUACCUUCGUAGUCAUAAAAAACUGCGAAGUUGAACGACUGCACCAGAGUCUUAACGGUGUUUUCUCCGCCAUACAAUUCACACGCGAAGAAGCAACAGGGGACAUCCUCCCUUUUCUUGACGUCAGUGUACAAAGACUGACUGAUGGCAAUCUCGCAACCAGCGUCCACAGAAAAGACUCCAGCGCNGGUGAAUAA